CUGGCUGGCUUUUGAAUCGAGAAGUUCGCGUGUUUUUCCUCCCUAAAUCGUGCCAUUCCCACUCAGUUCGUGUCAGGACGCUGCGGCUCUUUUAAACUAUCGCCGCUGUACACCUCGUCUCAGUGGACACCUCUCGUGAACUCUUCGAAGGAAUGAACUUACAAGAUGGGGAGCGGCGUGUAAUUGCACCGGGCUUCAGCUGAGCGACGGCCGUCUGCUGCCAUGACAACCAGCCGCUGCAGUCAGCUGCCCGAGGUGCUGUCGGACCGGCUGGACUCCGCCCCCCACACGGGGCGGCCGGACUGCAGGGACCACGCCCCCGUGGGGAGCUCAGGCUGCAUGGGGCCUGCCCCUGGCCCCGCCCCCACCGCAGGGAAGGUGAUGGAGGAAGCGAGUGGCCGCGGUAACGGACAGCCGCAGUACGUCAUGCAGGUGUCGGCCAAGGAUGGCCAGCUGCUGUCCACGGUGGUCGGGACGUUCGCCACACAGAGCCCCCUGGUGGAGAGGCCCAUGUGCCGGAUCUGUCACGAGGGCGGGGGUCAGGAGGAGCUGCUGUCCCCCUGCGAGUGUGCGGGGACCCUGGGUACCAUCCACCGCAGCUGCCUGGAGCACUGGCUGUCGGCCUCCAGCACCAGCAUCUGCGAGCUCUGCCACUUCCAGUUCAGCGUGCAGCGCAAGACCCGACCCCUUCUGGAGUGGGUGCGUAACCCGGGGCUGCGGCAGGAGAAGAGGACGCUGCUGGGGGACAUGGUGUGCUUCCUGCUGAUCACGCCGCUCGCCACCAUCUCGGGCUGGCUGUGCCUGCGGGGGGCAGUGGACCACCUGCAGUUCUCCAGCCGGCUGGAGGCCGUGGGCCUCAUCGCCCUCACCGUCGCCCUCUUCACCAUUUACCUCUUCUGGACCCUGGUGUCACUCAGGUAUCACUGUCGACUGUACAAUGAGUGGCGGCAGACCAACCAGAGAGUCGUGCUCCUGCUCCCCAAAUCCCACAGCGAGCCCUCAACGCAGCACUCCCUGCUGGGCCCGCCCCCCGCGAAACGACACUCCAAAGAGACCAUCGUCUGAGCCCCCAGUGCGGGAGUCGCUUUUUUUUUCGGGAAAACCAGGGAGCACUGCAAGGAGGAGACUGACCCUUCUCUGGAAUCCCAGCCUCACUGCCCCCGUGGGGGGUUGUGGGGGGUUCAAGGACUUGCUGGGGUGCGGCGUCGUAAAAAAAAGGGGAUCACUGCCCCCUUCGAGAACCAGAGGACCCUUUUAACGGAAGGAAGGGCGCAUCCAUCCCAGUCUCCUGUGGGAAAAUCGUGUGGGCGGAGCCACUGAGGCCGGGGUCCACGACAAAGCCUCGGGGCCCCUCCCCCUUUCGGCUAGGGCGACUACAGAGCUGUAAAUUCCUGUGAAGUCAAGCUGUGAUACAUGUGUAAUUCAAUAUGCAACACAGAUGUCCCCCCCACCCCUCUGGCUUCCUGUGACAGUCGAGCCUUCUGUUCAGUCUUAACCAGCAAGCUCUUUGUCCUAAACUAUGAGUAGCAAAUUUACGACGAGUGUUGCUUUUUUUCAUUUUUGUCUGCAACCUUGAGUCUGGCAGUCACAAAAACAAAUAUUAAAA